CGUGCGCGUUACAUUACGAACCGGAAAAUCGACGCUGCACCACUCAAGUUUCCCACACACCAACACACACACACACAUGCCCGUGGAAAAGUGGGCUCAGUCGAAUAUUAUAGAAAAAGUGAUAAUAGAAUUCGCGCCCGCAGCUAAAUUGAAAUUCAUCAAAGGUUCCUACAACGCGACGUGUAAUAAACAAAAUCCCUCGAAAAACGAGAAAAUUGAAAACCCAAAGCGAGUAGUAAAAUUUGAAUACAAAAACCCGAAAAAUGUGCCGGUUGUAAGAGAGAAGAAAGCACGGAGAGCAUAAUUAACUAAAGAAUUCGGUGGGGAAAUAAGGAAAAUCUGGCUUGAAGUAGAGGGAGCACAAAAGCCGAAUAUGCCGAAUAUGUGCGCAGACUUUUCUUUGGCCAGCCAGUGGAAUUGAUUUUCUUUUCGUUUCUCCCGACAUCUGUCCCCUCGCCCCCCGCGAAGAAACCCCCUUUUCUGGUGUCUCCAAGCCGAAAUAGUCGCCAAAAUGAUCUACUACAUGCUGCUCCUGCUGCCCGUUGUCCUGGCCCAGGAUCAGCAGCACACCACGGAAUCGCUGUCCAGCAAGCACCAGCAGCUGUCGCACUCGAACGCGAUAAUGGGCGAGGCCGGGGUCUCCAACUCGCAGCUGAUGCAGCCCCCGAUCCCGGCGAGAACCCUGCGACCCCUGACCUCGGGCGCCGGGGGCGACCCCUCGCUGUACGACGCCCCCGACGACUGCCACUUCAUGCCGGCUGGGGGCCUGGACCAGCCGGAAAUAGCCCUCACCUGCAACCUACGGACCGUGAACAGCGAGUUCGACACCACCAACUUCAGUGUGAUUCCCGCGGAGCACACGGUGGCCCUGCACAUCCUGUGCAACGACGAGAUCAUGGCCAAGAGCCGCCUGGAGGCCCAGUCCUUCGCCCACUUGGCCCGGCUCCAGCAGCUGUCCAUCCAGUACUGCAAGCUGGGUCGCCUGGGCCGCCAGGUCCUGGAUGGCCUGGAGCAGCUGCGCAACCUGACCCUGCGGACCCACAACAUCCUGUGGCCCGCCCUGAACUUCGAGAUAGAGGCGGACGCCUUCCUUGUGACCCGCAGAUUGGAGCGCCUUGACCUCAGUUCGAACAACAUCUGGUCGCUGCCGGACAACAUAUUCUGCACCCUGUCCGAGCUGUCGGCCCUGAACAUGAGCGAGAACCGCCUGCAGGAUGUCAACGAGCUGGGCUUCCGGGACCGCAGCAAGGAGCCAGCCAGUGCUCCUGGCACUGCCUCCACCGAAUCCUCCUCCACAACCGAAUCGGCCAGGAAAAGUAGCAGUGUCAGCUGCUCUCUGGAUCUGGAGUACCUGGAUGUGAGCCACAAUGACUUUGUGGUCCUGCCGGCCAAUGGUUUCGGCACCCUGAGGCGGCUGCGAGUCCUGUCGGUCAACAACAAUGGCAUCUCCAUGAUAGCCGACAAGGCUCUGAGUGGUCUGAAGAACCUGCAGGUCCUCAACCUGAGUUCCAAUAAAAUUGUGGCCCUGCCCACGGAGCUCUUUGCCGAGCAGGCCAAGAUUAUCCAGGAGGUGUAUCUGCAGAACAACUCCAUAAGUGUGCUGAACCCCCAGCUCUUCUCGAAUCUCGACCAGCUGCAGGCUCUGGAUCUCUCGAUGAACCAGAUAACCUCCACGUGGAUCGACAAGAACACCUUUGUGGGAUUGAUCCGAUUAGUGCUUCUCAACCUGUCCCACAACAAGCUGACCAAGCUGGAACCAGAGAUCUUCAGUGACUUGUACACCCUGCAGAUCCUGAAUCUGCGCCACAAUCAGCUGGAGAACAUAGCUGCGGACACCUUCGCCCCGAUGAACAAUCUCCACACGCUUCUACUGUCCCACAACAAACUGAAGUAUCUGGAUGCAUAUGCCCUGAAUGGACUGUAUGUCCUCUCGCUGCUCUCGCUGGACAACAAUGCCCUGAUUGGCGUGCAUCCGGAUGCCUUCCGGAACUGCAGUGCCCUGCAGGACCUCAAUUUGAAUGGCAAUCAGCUGAAGACCGUGCCGCUGGCCCUCAGGAAUAUGCGACAUCUGAGGACCGUGGAUCUGGGCGAGAACAUGAUUACCGUGAUGGAGGACAGUGCCUUCAAGGGUCUGGGAAAUCUCUACGGCCUGCGCUUGAUUGGCAACUAUCUGGAGAACAUCACAAUGAACACUUUCAAGGAUCUGCCCAGCCUGCAGAUCCUGAAUCUGGCCAGAAAUCGCAUUGCGGUUGUGGAACCAGGAGCCUUCGAGAUGACCUCCAGUAUUCAGGCUGUUCGGUUGGAUGGCAAUGAGUUGAGUGACAUCAAUGGCCUGUUCAGCAACAUGCCCUCCCUCCUCUGGCUGAACAUCUCCGAUAAUCGCCUGGAAUCCUUCGACUACGGCCAUGUUCCCUCCACCCUGCAGUGGCUGGAUCUGCACAAGAAUCGCCUGAGUUCGCUGUCAAACCGAUUUGGUCUGGAUGCCGAACUGAAACUGCAGACUCUGGAUGUGAGCUUCAACCAGCUGCAGCGCAUUGGACCCAAUUCCAUACCGAACUCCAUAGAACUGCUGUUCCUGAACGACAACCUGAUAACCACAGUGGAUCCAGAUACCUUCAUGCACAAAACUAACCUGACGAGGGUGGACCUGUAUGCGAAUCAAAUAACCACCCUGGAUAUCAAGUCCCUGAGGAUUCUGCCGGUUUGGGAACAUCGGCCAUUGCCGGAGUUCUAUAUCGGGGGAAAUCCCUUCACUUGCGAUUGCAACAUCGACUGGCUGCAAAAGAUCAACCACAUUACCUCGCGUCAGUAUCCCAGGAUAAUGGAUCUGGAGACCAUAUACUGCAAGUUGCUGAACAACCGGGAGAGGGCUUACAUACCCCUGAUAGAAGCCGAGCCCAAGCACUUUCUGUGCACCUACAAGACCCACUGCUUCGCUGUCUGCCAUUGCUGUGAGUUCGAUGCCUGCGACUGCGAGAUGACCUGCCCCACGAACUGCACCUGCUUCCACGACCAGACCUGGUCCACCAACAUCGUCGAGUGCUCGGGAGCCGCCUACUCCGAGAUGCCGCGACGAGUGCCCAUGGACACCACCGAGCUGUAUAUAGAUGGAAAUAACUUUGUGGAGCUGGCAGGGCACUCCUUCCUGGGCCGCAAGAACCUUGCCGUGCUCUAUGCCAACAACUCCAAUGUGGCCCAUAUAUACAACACCACCUUCAGCGGCCUCAAGCGCCUGUUGAUCUUGCACCUGGAGGACAACCACAUAGUCAGCCUGGAGGGCAACGAGUUCCACAAUCUGGAGAACCUGCGGGAGCUCUACCUGCAGUCCAACAAGAUUGCCAGCAUAGCCAACGGCAGCUUCCAGAUGCUGAGGAAGCUGGAGGUCCUGCGACUGGACGGCAAUCGCCUGAUGCACUUCGAGGUCUGGCAGCUGAGCGCCAAUCCCUACCUGGUGGAGAUCAGCCUGGCGGACAACCAGUGGAGCUGCGAGUGCGGCUACCUGGCGCGGUUCCGCAACUACCUGGGCCAGAGCUCCGAGAAGAUCAUCGACGCUUCCCGGGUGAGCUGCAUCUACAACAAUGCCACCAGUGUGCUGCGGGAGAAGAACGGCACCAAGUGCACGUUGAGGGACGGAGUGGCCCAUUACAUGCACACCAACGAGAUCGAGGGUCUGCUGCCCCUGCUCCUGGUGGCCACCUGCGCCUUCGUGGCCUUCUUCGGCCUGAUCUUUGGACUCUUCUGCUACCGCCACGAGCUGAAGAUGUGGGCCCACUCCACCAGCUGCCUGAUGAACUUCUGCUACAAGUCGCCCCGCUUCGUGGACCAGCUGGACAAGGAGCGGCCCAACGACGCGUACUUCGCGUACAGCCUGCAGGACGAGCACUUCGUCAACCAGAUCCUGGCCCAGACCCUGGAGAACGACAUUGGCUACCGGCUGUGCCUGCACUACAGGGACGUGAACAUCAACGCCUACAUCACGGACGCCCUGAUAGAGGCCGCCGAGAGUGCCAAGCAGUUCGUCCUGGUGCUGUCCAAGAACUUCCUGUACAACGAGUGGAGUCGCUUCGAGUACAAGAGCGCCCUGCACGAGCUGGUGAAGCGCAGGAAGCGGGUGGUCUUCAUCCUGUACGGGGACCUGCCCCAGCGGGACAUCGACAUGGACAUGCGGCACUACCUGCGGACGAGCACCUGCAUCGAGUGGGACGACAAGAAGUUCUGGCAGAAGCUGCGACUGGCCCUGCCCCUGCCGAAUGGUCGGGGCAACAAUAACAAGAGGGUGGUGUCCGGCUGUCUCUCGGCCAGAACCACCUCGGUGAACAUGUACGCCACGAGUCACGAGUAUCAGGCGGGAAAUGGUGGGGUGAUACCGCCCCCCAGUGCCCGCUAUGCGGAGUGUGGCAGCAACAACUAUGCCACCAUCAACGAGUGCGGGGCCGCGGGAGGAGGAGCUGGGGCAGCCAGUCGGGGAUACAAGCCCAUACCCACUUCCGCAUCCGCCGCGGCAGCGGCCUGCAAGUUCAACACCAUGAACCAGCUGUCCAAGAAGCAGCAGCGGGACCUGAGUGGCAUGGCCAAGACCCUGGAGCACCAGCACCACCACGGCCACCAGGCCAAUCGCAGGAGCCAGCACGAGUACGCGGUGCCCAGCUACCUGCCCAGUGCUGCCCCGGCCUACGACAGUGUGGACUAUGCCAAGCAGCAGAUCCGCAGUAAUGCCAACUGCGAGUGCGUCACCCUGGGCACCGGCAAGAGGGGUCAAGGGGUCAAGGGGCCCGCCUCGGUGCUGCCCUCCAGUUUUAGCUCGAACUUUGUGGCCCCGGGCGGUGCCCAGUACAACUGCAAAAAGUCCUGCAACUGCAUCGGCGACGAGGACCUGCUCUGCUCCUGCGGCGGCGGGGGCGGAGGCAUAGGGGUCAACCUGCUGGAGAGCGGCACCCAGAGCAGCGUCACCAUGAGCAGCAGCAGCAACAACAGCCGGCAGCCCGAGCUGACCCACUACGAGUCCAACUUGAGCCUGAACGACGACGAGGACGAGGAUCAGGAUCAGCAGAAGAACCUGUGGGCGUAACGGGGUUAAGUCUAGGGGUUAGCUAAAGAAAACAACAGCAGGAGACAGACUGCGCAACCAGUGAAUUUAUAAAAAUUAAAGGAAAACCCUAAACUAAACAUUAACUAUAAAUACGAAGAGUGGCAGGCAGUUAGCAUACUUUUUGGGAUGGUUCAAACAGACUGAUACUUUUAGUUCUUCGAAUAAAUUAAAAUUGAUAACCCUGUAAAUAGAGCCAGAGGAGAAAAAACUAUAUGAGAUUUCAAUAAUUUAGCAACCAUUGUAAAAAGACACAAAGCGGUUUUUACAUAAGGGCCUGUACAUAAUUAUAAAUAUAUUACGAUCCUUAAUUUAUUUAAUAUUACAUAGCUACGACAAAUAUAAGAAAAACCAUGUUGAAUGAAAAUAAAUGUAUGAGAAGCAAACAAAACGAUGAAAAAAUCCCAAUCAUUUUCCACUUCCCCAGACUGUUCCACCCGCCCCCCUCCGACAUCAUCAGAUAGCCAGGAAAAUUAAUUAGCAUGUAAGGAAAUUGUACGAUAAACAUCAAACAAUGCCAUUGGUAAACAUGCAAAGGAGCAGAAACAGAGCGAAAAUUCGCACCCACAGAGCGCGUGAAAAAUGCAGCAAACAAUAAAAAGUCAUAAUAAUAACUGCGAUGAAAACACACACACACAGAGAGAAUAAAUACGCGUAAUAAUAAUAUUAAUAGCUGACACUCAACGAAUUGAAAAUAAAAUUAUAGUAAAUCAUAUCCCCUCUCACGCCAACUUUCGCAUAUAGUCGCCCUGAAAAUGCGAUAAUGAUGAGCCGACCGCCCGAUGAAGCUGCCGUUGAUAACAAUUAAGCUCCCAAACGAAACCCGAUCGGAAAAUAUGAAUAAAACGCGUUGCAGUUUCGGGCUUAAUGGUCUCGUAUUUUUUCAUUUAAAUAACAUCGGUAGGAUUCCGCACAAAAAGCAGGCUUGGCUAGGCGAUUUAUAGGAAUGUCUGCAAAGCAAUUACAAUUUACAACGACUUUUCCAUUAUUUCCUUUUCAAAUUAAAACGUUUUUUCACCACAGCCCUUUUUGUAUGCCUCCCUUUGAUUAAAAAUGAACAUCGUAAUUUUUACUAAAAAUAAAUAUUGGUUUUAGACUUAAUGAAAAAAGCUCACAUCAUAUUUUAAUCAUUGAUUUUUUGUCUAUUAAUAUCAAAUUACAAAGUUACUUAACGCAAAUAAUUCAUAGACAAGUCAACUUAUCUUUUAUCCACCACAUAAAUCCAUGUUUCCUUCCCUCCAUAAUUCCAAGAGUGUAUUUACUAUUUAAGCAUUUUAAUUUUUAUUUGAUUACUUAUCCGCGUUCUACAUCCGCAUCCGCAUCAAUUGGUUAAGGAAACUGUCAGAACAAGGAAAAUAACACAGAACAAACAAUCAAUUGAGCAUACUUUCAGGCUUUUUUGCUGAAUGUUGUUCGCUGGCCAUACAAAGCGUUUAAUGAAAUUAUUUAAUGGCAUGCCAUUAAAAUAACAAAAGAGCAAAUAAGAACAACAGAAGCGUAUUGAUUGAAGGGGAGCGGAAUCGGCAGCCAUAAUCGGGAUGGGAGCAUUAUUAUUAUUUUACAUUUUUUCCAUUAUGCAAACAACAAAUACAACAUACAUGAAUAAAUAAUAUUUUCGCAUGUCUGCCCGCGAAAUGUACAUAUAUAAAUACUUAUAUAAAUGUAUACAAUAAAUAAGAAGUUUCAUGAACUAAAUACAACAAACAUUGAUCCCAGAUGAAUUUAUAAAAACACUAAAACACAAAAAACAACAGCAAAGCAAAUGGCCUAAAUCAAUUGAGAUACUACUAAUAAAUAUUUACUAAGCAUUAUAAUUAUAAACUACACACUGGACAAGCUGCAAAACAGAUGUACUUCAAAUUUCGUUUGGUCUUAGUUUUGUACAGAAACCGUCGAAAAUUCCCUGCAAAACCAAAAUAAUGAAAAGUUACUCGCAAAAGUUUUAGAUAAAUUUAAUAAGCAAGAACAUCCAAUGGUAAUAAAUUACCAUUCGAAAUAAAAUUUCACUUAAAACCAAUUAAACCCAAUUUUAAAUCUCCAUUUUAUAGAAUUCACAAGACGAAAAACAAAAUAUUACAUUUUAAAGUUUGAACAUUUCAAAUCACGUUUACUAAUUUUUAAACACAUUUCAUUCCCGAUCACUCACUCAAAAAACAAUUGCAACGAUGUUAGACCAGCAGAAAAAGUGACAGAUUACCGAUAAAUAUGAAUAAAAUACUUUAUAAGAUUUUUGUGUUCCUAAAUGCCACUUAUGCAAAUUAAUGUCGAUUUCUAUGUAUACAUUAACAUAUACGAAAUAUUAUACCGAGGCAGAAAAAUAUGUGAAAGCGUAUUUCUCAAUUGACAAUUUUUGUUUAAAAUGAACAUGGCCCAUUAUUUAGUGUGUAAGUGGAAAUUUAUUUUAAAUAAUCGCAAAACUAACUGAACAAGCGAACGAUGAGAGACGAAAAAUAGACUUAAUGAAGUCAAAAAAAGAAACAAAACAAUAUGAAGU